AUGCCUUCAUCAACUAACCCUACACAGACCAAUGACAAUUGGUUUAAUCCAAUUCCAAUUGAAGAUUAUUAUAAAAUUAAUGAACAAGCUCGAGCAAAUGUUCCAACUUCACCGCCCAAUGAUGAAACAUUAGGUAACUAUACUAUCAGUUGUGGACCAAUUUUAAGAUUAGUUGGUACUUGGGAAAACAAUGAAAGCAAUGAAGAUCCAAAUUAUCGUGCUAGUAUAUUAUUAGUCAUUAAAGACACAGAGGCAACUCCUAAUGAGACUGGACCGGCCAUUACUUAUAAAAUUGGUCCUUCAUCAUCAUCAACCACGGCUGCUCUGGCCAAAUUUUCUACUGGUGAAUUUCCUGGAGUUAAAUUUUAUCAAGAACAUGACUAUUCCUUUUACAGAUAUUCAAUUGAAUUAACUUUGACGGAAAAUGAACAAAAAGUAGAAUAUUUCAUUGAUAAUCAUUUUAAACCCAAUUUCCAAUUUUAUUUACCUAGUAAAACCCAAUCAAUGAAUGUUAUAUCUUAUUCAUGUAAUGGAUUCAGUUUAGGUACUGAUGCCAAUGAAUACAAGUCCUCCUUAUGGUUAGAUGUAUUAACUAAACAUUCAAAACAACAUUAUCAUGUGAUGUUAGGUGGUGGUGAUCAAAUUUAUUGUGAUGCUAUUAAAUUACAUAGUGAACGAUUAAAGCAGUGGACAGAAAUUUCAAACCCUAUAAAGAAAAAAUCAUUCCCUGUGGAUGAUGAAAUUAUUAAUGAAUUUAAACAAUUUUAUUUGAAUCAUUAUUUAGGUUGGUUUGGUAAAGGAUAUUGGAAGGGGACUAAUUCUAGUGUAUUAGAAUCAUUAUUCCCUUUAAGUUCUGCUCAAAUCCCUUGUGUUAAUAUUUUUGAUGAUCAUGAUAUAAUUGAUGGGUUUGGAUCGUAUCAUGAUUCUACUAUGAAUGCCCCCAUUUUCACUGCCGUGGGUAAUGUUGCUUAUAAAUAUUAUAUGUUGUUUCAACAUCAUAUUAACCCGGAAGAAAAAUUACAUUUAUCUGAUCCAUCAUGGGUUUUAGGAUCAACUACAGGACCAUUUAUUAAACAAAAAAAUCAUUCAGUGUUUAUGAGAUUAGGUAAAGAAAUUUCUUUGUUGGGAUUAGAUUGUCGUACUGAAAGAAAAUUAAAACAGAUAGUCGAUCCAUCAACUUAUAAUAUUAUUUUCGAUCGAUUAAAGAAAGAAAUUGGUAGUACUUCAGACACAAAACAUUUAUUGGUUAUGUUGGGAGUACCAAUUUUAUACCCUCGAUUAGUAUGGUUGGAAAAAGUUUUAACAUCAACAGCAUUGAUCCCCAUUAGAAAAUUAGCUCAAAAGGGAGUCAUCGCCAAAGGUUUAGUCAAUGAAUUUGAUGGUGAUGUUGAAGUCUUGGAUGAUUUAAAUGAUCAUUGGUGUUCUAAACAUCACAAGGCAGAACGUAAUCGUCUUAUCAAAAGAUUACAAGAAUUUGGUGCUGCCAAUGGGGUCAGAAUUACUAUAUUAUCUGGAGACGUUCAUUUGGGUUGUAUUGGAAGAUUAAAAUCAAAAUUUCAUUCCCACCCUAAUGCUCAUCAAUUUUUACAUGAUGGUGAUCAUCAACUGACAGAAAAAUUGAAUAAAGAUGUUAUUGAAACUCCAGAAUAUGAUCCAAGAUUAUUAUUUAAUAUUACUAGUUCGGCUAUAGUUAAUGCACCACCUCCUGAUGCUAUGGCAACAUUAUUAAAUAAAAGAAGUGGCAUUCAUCAUUUCAAUCGUGAUACCGACGAAGAUAUUCUCCCGUUAUUUAUUAAAAAUCUUGAUGGAUCAAAUCGUGAUAAUAAACAAUUUUUAAACGAAAGAAAUUGGAGUGAUUUAAUUCUUGCCAAGCAAUCAAUCAUUUAUAAGGAUAAUGUUUCUUCUAACGAUCAAGAAGAAGAAGAAGAACCGAUUCGUAAAUUUCCUCAACCAGUACUUGACGGUAGUAACACAGAUUUAUUAAAAGAUCAAACAGUUGAUAGUAGACAUGUGAAAUAUCCAUUAUACCUGGAUUCUUUAGUGACUACAUUAAGAUUUGAAAAAGAUAAAUCUGAUUUAAGUAGUCCAAGUGUUGGUUAUGAAGUUUUAAUUCCUAAAUUGUUUGGUAAAUAUAAAUUGGAUCCAGCACCAGUUAAACACGUUGAUCAAUGA